AAGGCGCGGCGUUCCUUCUGCUACAAACGAACAUAACCUCCAAAUUACGCAAAGGGAGACCCAGUAUCUGACUCGAAGUUGAGGGUUAUUUAGUCAGUAAAAUGUCAGUUACGAAAAACAAUGGCUUAAUCAAACUAGUUCGGAAGCAAAUCUCUGGUGGAUUUGAAAAGAAAGAAUCAAUUUCAACGCCACAAGCAAGAUUCGAAAAGCUUGGAACGAUUUACUCGAGGACUACGGGUUUAAUAAAGAGUGGAGUUAUUCCGUCUAGUGAAAUCCCUAUUUGGUAUUCUCUUUACAAAACCUUUCCCCCAAAAUAUGAGCCCAAGUACAAGAGACCUCCACUUGAGGUAGAAGUGAAAGAAAUUUACUAUCCAGAAGAUAAAAGGCGAGCAUCAACAAAACAGUGGCCAGUUCUCAAUUUGAACGGCACUACACCUGCUGAGAAUGUUGAAAAACCUCAACAUUCUGUUUCUGAUCUUAUUGCGGAAGCUGAUUCAUUGUAGGAAUAUGUAGAUAUUUGUUAUGUAUUUGAUAGUUUUUUUUUUGUAAUUAUAAUAAUUAAGAAAACAAUACAUUGAUCCAACAAUUGUAA